ACAUUCCCAGUUUUGGGCUUUCUCUCAAAAGCCCACAAUAUUAAAGCCCAAUAGUUCCUUCUUCAAUCACUUGGUAGCUGUCUUUCUUCUCGUUUCUCCCAACUCGGCAAGCAAACAUCGUCUUCAGCUGUACUUUGUCAUCUCUAGGUACAAUUCUUUUAAUUGGAAGACUAUACAAUGCCGCUGGGACUGCUAUUAGGUUUAGGGAGAUCUUUCAGAAGAAAGCGUACUUCAUCUCUUGAUAUUCUUACUACUAAACGGGUUCCUCGGGGCUUCUACAAGGGAAAGAAUUGCAAGCCUACUGGUUUUCACACUCGCAAAGGUGGUUAUGUUAUUGUUCAAGAGAAGCUGCCUAACUACGUAGUACCAGAUUUGACCAGCUUCAAGAUAGUCCAUAUGCAGCUUGGGAUCAUACUCCAACUGCUGAAACCUUAUGUCUCUCAAUGCCCAAGAGAAACUACAACUGCAAGUACAGAGGCAAAGGAAUCUGCAAAAUAAGGUAGAAGGAGAAAAAUGAUACCCUUCCCCCCAUUUUCAAUGAUAUUUAGGUUCUCUGCCCUCAUUUUCUAGCUAAACAUGAAGGCGGCGACUUGUUUGAUCCCCAUUCUUGCACACCUCUACAACGACUACUUCCUUGGGAUGAAAAAGUAGCCUUUUUUUUUUUUUCCUUUUUUAGGUACUCAUCUUUUUUAGCUAAACAUGUCAUGGGUGACAUGAUCACUUUUGUUGGAUACCCUUGUAGCUACAGUAUGUAUGGAGAUUAACUAGUUUGGUUGAAA